GUACAACAUUUACGAGUAGAAAAACUUUAAAAAAUUUUAAAUAAACAACAACCAAAAAACAAUUACAAGGUGAUGGGAUUUAAAAACAACAAAAACUUAAUUUUAAUUUGCUGACAAUGCUGCAGCAAAAACAACAUCAACAAACAAAAACAGAGUGCUGCUUGGGAAAGAAAUACAAGCAAAAUGUCUACAGCCGAUAUUGAUGAAAGAGUGUUUGGAGUUGGGAGUUUUGCCACUAACACUCGUUUUCGUAUUCGUACUCGCACUCUUACUCAUACAUGUUGCUGAUAACUGAAUUAUUGGCAACAGCGAUCACUGCGACAGCAACAAUACGCCAACAACGACGACGACGACUUGGCUAAAAGGAAACAAAAACUGGCUUCGUUAGUUGAUUGUCAUCCGCCGUCGCGAGUUGUUUGCAAAACGUCAAACCCCAUAAUUUUCGUAUAAGAUGUCAAGGUGAUGCGCGUGUGCAAGUACGCGAUAAUGCUAAUAAAACUUAAAGAAACACAGAACCACAGAAGUUUGACAAGUAUUUUUUCGACAUAACCCCGGAAGAAUGAUGAAUUCUUUUUAUAUUACCUGCGUUGUUUAAAGUUCAACUUUUUUUUUGUCAAGAGAACAGAACCCUCGCGCUCUGUUCCAUCACCAGAGUUUUCAAAGUGUGUGUACAAAACAAACAAAAAAAUCAAUUUCCCCAGUGCAAUUGUGUUCUAAAUAAGUUUAUAAAAAAAACCCUUCUCCAAAAAAAAAAAAUAUUGAUUUAAACCAAAAAGAAAAUAAUAUUCAAAGAAUAAGAAAAUAAAAUGGGUACGAAAUCACCGGGUGGACCUCAACGUUGUCGUUUAAUACUUAAACAAUGUAUUGCGGUGCAAUUAUCGAAACCAGGUCAUACACUUGAUGAUUUUUGGAUGUACGAUUCCGGCUACAUGGUUUUUCAGAAUUUUUUGUCUGCAAACGCACAAUGUUGGUGGAAUGCACCUUUAACUGCGGCUACACGAGCGCUCAAGUACGCUGGUCAUGUAGCGCCAGGAAUGCUUUUAGUCAGAGGAGAGCCAUGCGCUUUGGAAGUUGUUAGAGGUGCAUACGCAAGAAGUGUUCUAAAGCCGCCAGCAACGUAUGUCAUCAGUUCAGUUGGUGACAUUGACGAUUGUAUUGUGACACCAAUUAUGCAAGGCCAGUUUACUCCAUUACCUGAGGCUCUUUGUGAUGUCAUUAUGGAUCUGACAGCUGAAGGUCAUUCAGCAACUAUAGAAAAUAUUCGCACAAGAAUCGAAGUGCGCUUUCCUCACAUGACUCCACCCUCAAUUGAAGUUAUUUAUGAUUCUUUGGCACAAUUGAUGCAGGAACAAAAAAUCUAUCAAACAUCAAAAGGUUACUUCAUUCUAACUCCAGAACGACGGCGCAGUCGUUCACGUCCACGUAGUCAUCAUAAUGGUUAUAUGGAUUUAGAUGAAUCAACUGAUAGUGUUCCACAUGAACCUCGCACCAUGUUGAUGACUAAUGCCGAAGCUUUGCACUCGUUAUAUGGUGAGAUUUCAACGGAACGAGAUGGAGAUUUGACGCAUCAAUGCAUUCAAACGAAUUUAGCCGAUGUUAUAUGCGGUGGCAAUUCAAAUGACAAAAUUCUUUAUCCACGAACAUCGAAACGAAGAAGUUCUUCUUUUCCCACACCACGCAGUUUAGAGAGAAGACACAGUUUACGGCUCUUUGGAUCUUCGAAACGUUUACAAAGAUGUGCCUCAACAAGGAGCCUGUCGAAAACAUAUGCACAAACCCUUAAUACGGAUAGUAGCAGUUCGGAAUACCAAAGCACAGAUUCUUCAUCACCAAAAAAAGGAUCUUUGCUAUCACGUCUAUUUCGUCGCAGUGGGCGAAAUAAGGCGCGACAACUUGAAACGUAUUCCGGCCAAUUUCCACCAGCAGAAUGGUUUAACUCCAAAGCCGUUCAUUUACACAGUGUGGGCACACAGACACAAGAUCAUGAUAUGCCAACCAUACACACACUAUCGAAUUCUACUUUUUACGAUGGUUCCGAAUUGAGUCAACGCUCACUAACGCUGCCACGACGACAUCAUCGUCGUAACUUAUCCAGUGAAUCAACAUUUCUAAUAUCGUCACGUGAUUGCUCGCCAAUACGACGACGUUCACCCGCUUAUUGCAGCAGUUCUUUGCCCAGAUCCACACAAUCAAUACCGGCCUCUGCGAACACCAACGGUACAACAGUUGCGGUCACAAAAGCCAAUCAAUCUUCGGCCACAUUGUCGGCACGCACAAGUACACCCUACAAAAGUUCACAAAAGUCUAUACAAAGUGGUACGGUGGCACGACACAUGCUGGAGCACUCACCCUCGCGCAGUGCAAAUUCUUCGCAAAAGUCAUCAAAUUCGGGAGGGAGAAGUCAGGAAACUAGAAAUGAUUAUCGCAUGUGGCAAAGUGGUCCCUCCAGUUUAGAGUCGGGUAAAACCUCACUAUAUCCAUCAGGUCCUUCCAGUAUUGACAGUGGUAAAGUAUCUUAUAACCGGACCAGCGGUCAUUCUAGUCUUGAAUCACAACGUUCAACAAGCUCAACGGUUAUACAACCCAGAUCUAUUAUUAUGCUUAAUGGCUCACCAAGAGGUACACCCAGACAUCAAAUAUUAAGAGCUAGAAAUGCUGAGCAAGUCAUGCGUAAUCAGUCUUCCACUACAUCCAGCACUUCAUUUUCAUUGCCCACAAAUGAAAACAGACCCUCAAAUAGUAGAGAUACCUCUAAUAACGAGAACUCGGAAAAUUCUCCAGCAAUUACCAACUCUACUUCAAAUAAUUCCAUAACACUUAAACUAACCACCUCCAAUGAUGGCCAACACAAUCUGCCAAAUACAAAAAUUGUGGUGCAAAACACUCCAGCCCACAGUGUCAUCACUUUUGAAAAUAGCAAAUUAACGGAAAAUUCAAAUGUUUUCAUAAUCAACAAUGAGACCACAACCAAUGAAAGAGGAGAAAUUAUAAGAAAAACCUUGUCUAAACAACAUAUGCCGGCAAUGCAGCAGCCCCUAAACGAUAGACAUGAGAAAAGCAAUCAGCAGUCACCAGAUACUAUAAGCGAACAGAAGUCAUCGGAAAAUGGCUCCUGUCGAGAAUCUGAUGCAGACACUUUGUCGUACAUGAGCACACUAUCUGGAGACAAGUCUAAUGACUUGCCAAACGAAUUGCCAAAGUUUUCCAAAAAUAUUUAUAACGAUAAUUCUACCACCAUGAACAACAGCCGGAAUCUGGGUUUACCCCUUCUGCCCCCCACUAAUACUGGUCAUUUAAUUUAUAAAAAUAAUGUGCUCAAGAACUGUGAGUCACCAGCUCAGUCACCAAGUGAGGAAAAAUGUCUACCAAUGGUAGAAUUAAACAAACCAAAUUCUGAUAUCACUGGUUCCGUAGGCAAUUUACGAUUUUAUGAAAAAAGCUCCAAGGACUGUUUGGCCAAGGCCAUCAAUUCUAAUUGUGAGUUAAAUAACUUACGCUAUGAAUCUUCCACGCUUCUGGCAAAAAAUGAUAAUCUCAAUUCCAAUACAUCAUUGAGUGGCGGCAGUUUGGUGCAAAUACUGCAAAAGAAUAGCAUUUCGUUAGGCAGUGAACCAAAUUUGGCGCAAAAAGAUACCAAUUGCACCACAUCCACAGACAAAUCAAUACGAAAAGAUUCACUCGAUCGUCGUCUAAGCCUUUCCAAAGAUCACUCCGAGGCCGAGGAUCUCUUCAACUUUCCCAGCCUCACGGACUUGUCUUUCAAUUUCACCUCAUUGGCGGCACAAAAAAUAUUACAGGGUGUCAGCUUAAAUAGCAUUGAUACAUUAAUGGAAUUGAAUAUGGCUGCUGCAGCUGCUGCGGCGGCUGCCAACACCACAAAUGCGUCAGCAAUGGAAAAACCACAAAAUAAUCAACCCACAUCCAUGUGUACAGAUUUUGGUCUAGUUUAGCUUUAAAAUACAACAAUGUAGAGAGUGUGUGGUGGCACGGCACACAAGAAUGAAUUAAUAAUGAGUGCAUAUUCAAGCGAAAUAAUUAAAUACACUAGAUUUUAGUCAAUGACCAAUGUGAGUAAUACAAGUAGAUAUACAAACAUAAAUAUAUAUAUAGAUACAACAUACCUACAUUGAAGUACAUAAGUUAAAAUGCAUGUUUAUAAAUUCAAUUUUGGCACAUUUACGUUGAAAAUAUAUAUGAAAGUAUUCCUAAACUCUAUAACCAUAGUAUUUAUGUUAAAUAAGGCGUAAUAUUAAUGUGUUACCAAACAUAGAAAUCCCCUUUAAAUGGGAUCUUAAGACAAAAAACCCCUUAAAUAUUAAACAUGUAAAUUAUGUAAUUGAAAACGUUAUACCAAUCAGCAUUUAGUAUUCUAUAUCAUAGCACUCAUUAAACAAUAACUGCUUCCCUAAUGUUAAACAGAAAAAUCCUCAAAUAAAACCAGCAAUUAAUUAAUCAGUAUCUGUUGAAAAUUGAAUUUCUCUAUAUUCAAUCCGGUACUACUUUUACCCCAAUUGAGGUUUAGAAAUUUGGCCAGUAAACAUAUUUGUGGUUCAAGCAUCAAUAUUAAAAUUGUAAUAUUAAAAUAUCAGUGCCAAAAUAUAUAUGUUAAAUAAAACAAAAUAAAUAAAUAAAUUAGUUUAAUAUGAUUGCAAUAGUUCCACAUUUUAGUCAGUCACCCACUCUAAUAUCUAUUAUUUGAGUUAUAAGAAAUACUGGAUACAAUUUACAAUGUGGUUACAUUUGACUCAGGAAAGUAAUAGGUUUCUAUUACUUUACAAUAAAUACAAAAAUUCAAAAUUAAACCUGCAUUUAAACUAAAAUAUUCACAUUAAAACUUAAGUGGAAUCACAUUUAUAAAGGAAAACUAAACUUUAAUGCCAGUUGUAGAAAUAAAUCCAACAAAUAGAAGGUCCCAUAUAAAUAUAUAUUGCCCUAUAGAUUUUAUAUUAAAUUUUGUAUAUAAAUUAAUUAAUUAAUAAUGUAUAGUAUAUAUAUUAUAAUACACAAAUAAUUUAAGUAUGUAGUUUUACGCAACAUGUAAUGAACAAUAAUAAAAUAAUAAUGAAAAAAUUAUAAAUCUAAA